AUGCCUAUGUACGACCCGAGACCCCUGCCCAAGCGAGCUUUGAUCGCUGUAAGCUCGGCGCAUAAGCCACUAUACAAGGACGGCAAAGAGACAGGCUUGUUCAUUACAGAAGCACUGCACCCCUACAACGUCUUCAAAGAGAACGGUCUCGAAGUAGAUUUCGUUUCCGAAACCGGCACCUACCAACCUGACUGGCUGAGCCAACAAGACGAAUGGCUCAAGGGCGACGACAAAGCAGCAUGGGAGGGUCAGAAGGGUGACUUUCGCAAAAAGCUAGACAGCAUGUAUAAAGCUGGCGAUGUCGAUCCUGACCAAUAUGGGAUCUUCUUCGCCUCGGCCGGCCAUGCUUCCCUGAUUGAUUACCCUGAGUCAACGCAGCUUCAACGUCUUGCUGCGAAGGUCUACUGCGACAACGGCAUAGUAGCUGCGGUGUGCCACGGCGGCGCUAUCUUCCCAAACACUAUCAAUGCAGUCACUAACGAGUCGAUCAUCGUUGGCAAAAAGGUCACCGGCUUCACUACGAAGGGCGAGGAGGAAGAAGGUGUACUCGACACGAUACGAAGCUGGAAUCGACCGACUAUUGAGGAGGCUGCGGCAAAGGCGGGUGCAACUUAUGUUAGUCCACCGGGACCAUGGGAUAGCUUUACAAUCACAGACGGACGAAUUGUGACUGGUGCCAACCCUGCGAGCGCGCAUGCUACUGCUGUGGCUACUGUGAAGGCCUUCAACGACUUGCCGAAUCACGAUCCGGAAAUUGCGGAUAUAGAGAAGAAGAAUGAAGGCGAUGAGUUCCCGAAGGCUCGCAACGAGAGACAUGGGCAGCAACAGCAUUCGGUAUGA